CCACAGAACCACUCAGGACAGACAGCACUGCAGGAGACUGUGUGACGGACGUCACACAGAGUUGAUGACUUGUAGGGCUGUUUUCAGUUCCCCAUCCCCUCGUGGGUAAUGAAAUGGAAAAGCGUAGACAAGAAAGACGAGCCCCAGGAAACUCAAGACUGCUGGUUUCCGACAAGGAGAGAAAGUUUGAGAAAACAGAUGGCAGUGGUUAAAAAAACAGUGGCUAGUGAGCCCAGAGGGAUAGCUAGGGUUUGCACUCAGUGCGACCUAGAGGGCAGGACGGUCUUGUUCAAGGGGCGGGGGCUCUGGCCACGGGCCUGCCUGGGGCGGGCCAGCCGGCGGGGCAUUUAAAUUGCUGCGGACGCUGGCUGGGACGCGCGCCGGCUCUACCAGUCUCCGUAGUCCCAGCUUCGAGCACCGGAGCCUCAAGAUGCGGUCUUCCCUGGCUCCGGGUGUCUGGUUCCUCCGUGCCUUCUCUAGGGACAGCUGGUUCCGUGGCUUCAUCCUGCUGCUCACCUUCCUCAUUUAUGCCUGUUAUCACAUGUCCAGAAAGCCCAUCAGCAUUGUUAAGAGCCGCCUGCACCAGAACUGCUCAGAGAUGGUCAGACCCAUUAACGACACCCAUGAUCUCAAUGAUACCACCUGGUGCAGCUGGAGUCCAUUCGACAAAGAUGACUACAAGGAGUUACUGGGAGCUGUGGAUAAUGCCUUCCUGGUGGCUUAUGCCAUUGGUAUGUUUAUUAGUGGAAUCUUUGGGGAACGACUGCCCCUGCGUUACUACCUCUCAGCAGGAAUGGUGCUAAGUGGCCUAUUCACCUCCCUCUUUGGCCUGGGGUACUUCUGGAAUAUCCACAUGCUCUGGUACUUUGUGCUCAUCCAGAUCUGCAAUGGGCUUGUUCAGACUACCGGCUGGCCAUCUGUGGUGACCUGCGUUGGCAACUGGUUUGGGAAGGGAAAGCGGGGAUUCAUCAUGGGCAUCUGGAACUCCCACACAUCUGUGGGCAACAUUCUGGGCUCCCUAAUCGCUGGAGUCUGGGUGAACCAACACUGGGGCCUGUCAUUCAUCGUGCCUGGGAUUAUCACUGCCAUCAUGGGCGUCAUCACCUUCCUCUUUCUUAUUGAAUAUCCAGAAGAUGUAGACUGUACCCCUCCUCGGCAUCAUGGUGACCUGGAGAAGGAACAGGACAACCCUGAAGAACCUGUGAAUAGCCCCUACAGCAGCAGGGAGAGUAAUGUGGACAUUGCGGCCAGCUCCUCCAAGGAGCAGGGCCCUGAGCCUGAAGCCAUCAGUUUUCUGGGGGCACUCAAAAUACCGGGAGUAAUUGAGUUCUCUUUGUGUCUGCUCUUUGCCAAAUUGGUCAGCUACACCUUUCUCUACUGGCUGCCCUUGUACAUCUUCAAUGUGGCUCACUUUAGUGCCAAGGAGGCCGGGGACCUAUCCACUCUCUUUGAUGUUGGUGGCAUCAUAGGUGGCAUCAUGGCAGGGCUCAUCAGCGACUACACCAAUGGCAGGGCCACCACUUGCUGCAUUAUGCUGAUCUUGGCUGCUCCCAUGAUGUUCCUGUACAACUACAUUGGCCAGAAUGGGAUAACCAGCUCCAUAGUGAUGUUAAUUAUCUGUGGGGUCCUGGUCAAUGGCCCUUAUGCACUCAUCACCACAGCCGUCUCUGCUGACCUGGGCACACAUGAAAGCCUGAAGGGUAAUGCCAAGGCCCUCUCCACUGUCACAGCCAUCAUUGACGGCACUGGCUCCAUAGGUGCGGCUCUGGGGCCCCUGCUGGCUGGGCUCAUUUCCCCCACAGGCUGGAACAAUGUGUUCUACAUGCUCAUCUCUGCUGACGUCUUGGCUUGCUUGCUCCUCUGCAGGUUGGUAUACAAAGAGAUCCUGGCCUGGAGGUCGGCCCGCAGCAGAAACAGUGGCUCUAGUUUGGCCCUAACCCACCCACGAUAGUAUUUUCCUCAAGUCCCAUGAUUUUUGUACAAACAAAUCUGAGGCCUCAACUGGAAGAGCAGCAUGGGCCAUCCCUGCUGGGUACCCAGCGUGUUCCCUAUGAGCAAAAGAAUGGAAAUGUCCAUCACAGAUGAGGCAAAGCCUCCUGACCUAACCAGUCCAGCCCAGAGCUAUACUGCCACUAAAGAAGGGACAGAAGACUCUGGGAAGGGACUGCUGAGCACCAAGCAUGGGAAAAUAGCAGACUUCAAGGCCUGAGCUCUGGGAGCUGCAAUCAGAAUGGGCUGAAAGCAGAAAGGAAGGACAGGUUCAGACUCUUUCUUGCUUGUUUGGAUCCCAAGGCCUGGAAAAGGUUCAUCUCUCCUUCCCAUGUUAAAUUAUAACCUCUGUAAUUAUCCUGUACCUAUGAGGGAUUUCACCUUGUUUCAAAGGUGCCGGGCCUCUCUCAAUCUCUGUCCAUGAAUUACUCUUUCUGUACCUAGGACCCUCUUGAUCUCUCCUCCACUUGAUCCUGUUGAUAACUCAGCCACUUUGAAGCAUUAGCACUGCCCUUGCAGAGCCAAGGCUUGGAUGCGGUAAGGGAGCUGUCAUGAGUACUGAAUGUAGGGGAGCUCGCUCUUGGGCUCCUGACCAUGCCCACCCUCACAGCCCAGUACCUCCCUUGCCUCAUCCUAAAGAUGCCUCAGUGGACGAAGACAUUGGGCUCAGUGCUGUGAAGACUAAGGGGUGUUGUAUACAACUGCCAAUACCAGUGUGAAUAAAGUACUGGGCGCUCACACUGUGCCAGCUGUCAUGUAAGAACAGACAGGAAGUGGCUAUGGGAAAGACUUAACCCUGAACAUAGGUGCCAAGUUUAGCAAGAAAUGAAGAUACCACUGGAAACAUCUGAGUAACUGCUACUGAGCAGUUGCUAGGAGACAUCUUGCAGCCACCCUCUGCCUGGUGUUCUGAUGCACGUGCCUUCCACCCUGAGUCCUGGUUCACAACAUGCCUAGCUGACUCCUGGCAUUUCUGCCUGAUCUCUAAGCUGCCCAUCAGCACCAAUACAGAGUUCCUUUGCCAA